AUCAUAUACCAAGAUAUUCCAUUCGCCCCCCUCCCCACCCCCUCCCUUCACCGAUAAAACGUUCGGGCUCUGUGUGACUCAAGGAGUUGUCUGAGGGCUCUGGUGCAAGCAAGGCGGGAGGACGACGCGAACGAGACCGGGUGCUGGAGCUGGGCAUGUCGGAAGGUGGAAACGGCGAAAAAGAAACUCUGACGAUCGUCCCGAGCAGAAGCUUGGUUCAUUGAGUGCUGCGGAAUCCUGUGGAGCAGUAAGAUCCAUCGAACAUUGAGCACCAACAUGUGGGAAUUCGUGAAACCGGGUUUAGUCGCCACCGGCGUCACUCUAGUGGCAGCACCAGUGGUUGUUCCGGCCGUCGUGACAUCUCUUGGAUUCACGAGUGCGGGUAUCGCCGCAGGGAGCUGGGCAGCGGGGUUCAUGGCCUCGUACGGAGGAGCAGCGAGUGCAGGUAGUACCUGCGCUAUUCUCCAGAGUAUUGGAGCGACGGGCGCUUUGGCAGGUUCUGGUGUGAUGGCCGCAGUGGGAGCAGGUGCGACUGGAUUGGGAGUGGCCUCGUACGGAGGAGUAGCGAGGGCUAUUGGAGCGACGGGCAGUUUGGCAGGGUCUGGUGUGAUGGCCGUAGUGGGAGCGACGGGCACUGUGGCAGGGUCUGGCGUGAAGGCCGUAGUGGGAGCAGCCUCAACUGGAUUGGGAGCGGUCCUCGGGCGCGUCCAACGCUCUAAGCUCUAAUUGCUUCUGAACGUAGUUUGCUUGGGAGAACACAUUCAGAAUGCUGAUACGUAAGAAAGUUGAUGCAGGAUUGGGGGAAGAAAUGGACUGCAAGUCCCCAUCGUCCACGCUGACUGCUGAUGCCCGUCUUACGCAACGCUCGAAAGGUUCCACUCCUUCUUGAUCCAGCGAAGCUUAUGACUUUGUGGAACAAGAGCAGGACUAAUCGCUCAGCGUAGUUAUUUCUCCGUGCCUCAGCAUUCACUGUCUGAAGUUCUCCACUGGUCAGACUGUCUUCGUGUUCCCUAUUUUCAUGUAUAUUCCCAUUUUAGUGCCGAGGGUCAAGAAUUUCUCACCUGCUACCCUGCUGGCAAGCGGACCUCUUUCCCUCCGUCCGAUCUUCAUGGCCAUCAAAUCGGACAUGCCAGCAAUUCACACGAUCUUGGGAAGUUUACUCCUACAUGUCUCUUGCAGAACUCCUGAAUACGGACAAGAGUUUGCGAGUUAUCAGCGUCUCAUAUGCCCUUCCAGACUUUACACGGCCAUGAACGACUGUAAAUCCUCCAUGAGCUUCUGCGCUGUGAUGUCGUCUCAUUGUAACAUUCUUAGAAUUUGGAAAUGAAUUUUGCUUUAAGAUUAUGACUAAGACGUCUUACACU